CUCUGAAACCUCGGCGCCCUGGCGCUGGCUCUCCAGCUGUUUGUAGGCCUGGGGGUGAGGGUCCCCGGAAGGGAGAGCCGGCUGCGGCCCCGUCCGCGCACCCGCGGGUCCGGCCGUCUGCUCCCACAGUCCCAGCGCUCCAGCUGGCGCCGGCCGCCUGGCUGGUGACUCUCGAGAGGCUGCCGCUCUUCUGACUGACAGGCACCGCUCCCACAGCCGGAGCUGCCCGCCACGUCUUGGGUCUCGGCCGACGGCACUGCGUGGCGGGUGACCUUUCUGAGCCCAGAGCGAUGUCUGCUCCCUGCUCCGGACUGGGGCGGGUUCCUCAGCGCCGCAGGCUCGUGUGGUUCUCGCCCCCGUUGCCGCGGUGCCGGCUGCUGCUGCCGCUGCUGCUGCUGCUAGCGGCCGCGGUGCCGGCGCGCGGCUGGGAGAGCGGCGAUCUAGAGUUGUUUGACUUGGUGGAGGAGGUGCAGCUCAACUUCUACCAGUUCCUCGGGGUGCAGCAGGAUGCUUCAUCUGCAGACAUCAGAAAAGCAUAUCGUAAGCUUUCACUGACUUUACAUCCAGACAAGAAUAAAGAUGAAAAUGCAGAAACUCAGUUUAGACAAUUGGUGGCCAUUUAUGAAGUUUUAAAGGAUGAUGAACGAAGGCAGAGGUAUGAUGAUAUUCUGAUCAAUGGACUUCCAGAUUGGCGGCAGCCUGUAUUUUACUACAGGCGGGUGAGAAAAAUGAGCAAUGCUGAGCUGGCAUUACUCUUGUUCAUUAUUCUCACAGUGGGUCAUUAUGCUGUGGUUUGGUCAAUCUACCUGGAAAAACAAUUGGAUGAACUGCUUAGUAGAAAAAAGAGAGAAAAGAAAAAAAAGACCGGCAACAAGAGUGUGGAUAUAUCAAAACUUGGUGCUUCAGAAAAAAAUGAAAGAUUGCUAAUAAAACCACAGUGGCAUGAUUUGCUUCCAUGCAAGCUAGGAAUUUGGUUUUGCCUUACACUAAAAGCCUUGCCUCAUCUAAUUCAGGAUGCUGGGCAGUUUUAUGCUAAAUAUAAAGAAACAAGAUUGAAGGAAAAAGAAGAUGCACUGACUAGAAAUGAACUUGAAACACUUCCAAAACAGAAGAAAGUUAAAAAACCAAAACCCGAAUUUCCUGUAUACAUGCCUUUAGAAAAUACGUAUGUUCAGUCUUAUGAUCAUGGAACUUCUAUAGAAGAAAUUGAGGAGCAAAUGGAUGAUUGGCUGGAAAACAGGAACAGAACACAGAAAAAACAGGCACCUGAAUGGACAGAAGAGGACCUCAGCCAGCUGACAAGAAGUAUGGUUAAGUUCCCAGGAGGGACCCCAGGUCGAUGGGAAAAGAUUGCCCAUGAAUUGGGUCGAUCUGUGACAGAUGUGACAACCAAAGCCAAGCAACUGAAAGAUUCAGUUACCUGCUCUCCAGGGAUGGUCAGACUCUCUGAACUUAGAUCCACAGUUCACAAUUCUAGGCCCAUCAAGACGGCCACCACCUUGCCAGAUAACAUCAUCACCCAGCGAGAAGAUGCAGGAAGGGCAGUGGAGGAGGAAGAGCAGGAAGCAGACACUGAAAUCCGGCCUCGGAGGAGGAAAGCAGCCAGGCUGCUCGAGGCAGUAACAAAGGUUGAGCCAGAGAAGUGUAGAGGAAAGAGGCAGAAGGACUUUGACAUAUCAGAACAAAAUGAAUCCAGUGAUGAGGAGAGCCAGAAAAAAGAGAGAACUCAUGCUACAGAGGAGCCAUGGACUCAGAAUCAGCAGAAGCUUCUGGAAAUGGCAUUACAGCAGUAUCCAAAAGGGGCCUCUGACCGUUGGGACAAAAUAGCCAAAUGUGUCCCAGCUAAGAGCAAGGAAGACUGCAUCGCUAGGUACAAGCUGCUGGUUGAACUGGUCCAAAAGAAAAAACAAGCUAAAAGCUGAAUGUUCUGGAAGAUGAUAUUCACGUUCAUUUUCCAAAAUGAGUAUUUCAAAAAUCUUAUGCAGAAAUUUGCAUUUUGUACCUCAGUAUUUCUAUACGUCACGUGCCUUAGUAAUAAAUAAAUAAAUAAAUAAUAGA